ACCUAUGCAUCCCAAACCCGAUCGAAAUUCGGCUUAAAAACAUGGCCGAAAACAAAAAAAUGUAAACAACAAUAGUUAGACGUCAAUAUUUGAUACUUUGCGACUCUUCCUGGCGAAAAUUCCAUUACUCUAAGAAAGAUGAAUGAAUACAGGAACAUUCUGACGGGGGAGGCGGCCAUUGCCUGGAGGAAUUUGAUCUCCAGAUUGAGAUAUCAUUGGACGACAGACAACAAGAUUUUCGAGCACCUGCUGGAAGUCCACGAAUGGUUCUGUGGGGAUAAGUGUCCGCUUCUGAGGUCAGAUGUUGCCGAUGAAGCUGAUCAAGAUUUUCCCAUGUCAACAGAAGAUGAGAGGACAGCAAUGUCAUUAGAAUUAGAAGUGGAGGACGGGGCUGAGUCUAUUGAUGAUGACAGCAGUGGAGAGAGUAACUCGGACACAGAGAGUGGAGAAGAGGAUGUUUACAUAAAGGAAGAGGAAGAAGAAGUUAUCAGUGCAAUUCCAUGCAAAAUAGUGUCCUCUGAACCCAGAACAGACAUCCAACUCCUGAAUUCAAGGGGAGAUAAAUCUAUUUCAGAAGAAGGUAACUUUGUACCUUUAGCGGAAACCCUGGGCUCUGUUUCAGAGGGGAGUGAAUUUGAAAACAACUCGACAAACAGAUCAACUAAACAACAAAAUACUCGGACCAGUUGCCUCGAUGAUUAUAGAAAAACAUCCAAUGCAAAAACAUGUAAUGAGAAUGGGAAAGUCACACAAGGAGAGAGUAAAACGUUUUCAAAUGAGAGUGAAUCACAAAAGGCAAUGCUAGAAAAGAAACUUCUAUUUAAACUUCCACAAAGGGAAAAGGAAACAUUUUUAAAUGUUUAUGAGUUACACAGAAAUGAUAGGACUGAAGCACCUCAACAAAUGGAAAAGAAGUUGCUGAGGUCCUCAAAAUCAUCCUUAUUGGAUAAUCCAACAUCUUCAACAUCAUCCACAUCAUCAGACAAUAGGAUCUCAGCAGCAUCCACACAGAGUUCCAUACGUUCUGAUAAACCAGACUCAUCAAAAUCAGAGUUAACAAAAUCAAAUUCAAAGUUCCCCAAACCAUCUUCUUUAAAGAAACCAAAGUCUUCAAAAUCCUUUUUACGUAAAAAGAGAUCAAAGAUUUUGAAUACAGAAGGAGUUAGAGCCCUCAAGAGUCACCUUUCAAGUAAAGCCUUAUCACAUAAAAAUAAUUCAACUGAAUCAUGUGGAUCACAUGACUCAAAUGUCAGUUCUGUAGAAGAAGUACCCCAGAUACAUACAAUAAAUCGAACACCUGAAGCAGCAGAGUCAAGUACAAGUACAAGAGGUAAAGGUAAUGGUGAGACAGUGGAGCAGACAACAGGGAACGGAAUAGAGGUGAAGCCAGGUGUAAGUAAAGAUAAGCCACCAAUUAGUCUUAUGUUAGACAUAAACCCACAUACAGGUAUACCAUGUUUAGUCAGAUACCCCACAACAGCUCCAGACUUUGGUAAUGUAAAUCAGGGGUCGUCUGACAUGAAAUCAAAUCAAAUGGAGACAGAUGUGUCAUCAGCAACAGAUUCAGUGAAUCCAAGUGGCCAAGGCAUGUCUUCGUUGAUAAAUCUUAGACUCACUAUAGACCCGGUUAGUGGUAAACCCAUGUUAGUGAAAUGUAUGGAUGAACCAUCAACCAGUGAUUGUUGUGAUACAGAAGUACAGUCAAUAGUGAAAUGUACAGAUGAGACAUCUACCAGUGAUUGUUGUGAUACUAGAAAACUGACAAGUAAAACGAUCGAUCAUGAAGAGUCCGGACAGAUUCCAAAUUUCAGUAUGUUGACGCCUGUUGAGGUCCUAAAUCCCAAACAGCAGCAGCUUAAGUUAAUACGUGAGCUAUCAGAUAUAAGUAGACGGAUACCAAGUUUCCAAAAUGUUAAGCCCAAACCUAUUGAUUUAAAACCAAAGAGAAAAUUAAAACGAAAAAGAAUAAGGAGGAAUUUGCAAGAUAGAAGACCAAAGAUCUCAGAUGUGAAAGCUAAGCAAAUGCCUGUUGUCCAAAUGUCUAAGCAAUCAUCAAACUCUGGAGUAAUAGAAGCUCCACAAAUAUUAAAUUCUCAGAGGCCAGAUGUUCAGAAAUCACCCAUUGCCCAAAAGUUUGAGCCUACACUAAAACAGCAUGAAUAUCAUUCUGAAUUAAUAGGACAACCUCAAGUAUUUUUGGGGACAACUACAAAGGAACCUAAGAAAUCGCCAGAAACCCAAAAGUCUAAGCCCUUAUUCAAUCAAAGUGUUGUGACAGUGAGUCCUAAAAAGCCAAAUAUUUUAAGGUCCGUUGUUCAGAAACCUAGGCAAUUGCCUGUUGUCAAAACAUCAACAGUAAAACAAAAUGACUUAAUAGGGGAACCACAGGUGUUAAGGAAUCUUCUUGAGGAACCUAUGCAAUUAUCUGUUGUUAAAUCAUCUAAGCCAGCAGUAAAACAAAACAAUAUAAAGGAGGAACUAGAGGAACCACACGUAUUAAGCAAUCUUUUGGAUGAUCCCACACCAACACUAAAUCAAACAUUACCAGACGAACCACAGGUAUUAAGGAAUCUUCUAGAGGAGCCUAUACCAACAGUAAAUCUAACAUUAGUUAUAAACCCUACCAAUGGUAUGCCAAUGUUAGUACCGUCACCGGACAUAAUGACAGCCAAUCCUAAUGACACUCACCUGAAACUGACUCUAGACCCGGUAUCUGGGGAUACUGUCCUAGUUCCUGAAACUAAAGAUGAUCCAGAGGAAGGGGUUUCUUAGGGUUAAUUAUGUCCAACAAUAUUGUUACCACUGUGUGGUAGAAGUAAAAAGAUUUGAAUCAUGGUACUCAG